AUGUUUAAGGCUUGCGUUAAUCGGAGUGUCAGACUCACUGCCAAAUCCACAUUGGGACCCUGGUACUUAAGCGCUGGCAGGAAUUCCUGUGUGCGGUUUAAUUCUUCUAAAGCUCCUGGCAGUGACGAGAUCAAAUCCGAAAUUCAGACACAGCUGCCGUCGUUCGAUCAAGCUACCACGGCUACAAGCGACGCAGUUGCCUCGUUAACAGAUCAGGCAUCACAAGUUGUUGGAGAUGCUUCAACGCAUAUCGGUUAUUUGAGCAGUAUCGGUUUAGCCAAAUCUUGGUGGUGGCCGCCAGAACUUAUCCAGAAUGUCAUGGAGCAAAUUCAUGUUUAUUCCGGCAUGCCUUGGUGGGGAACGAUUGUGACGACUACUGUACUCGUCCGUCUUCUAAUGUUUCCAUUGUACGUCAAAUCUUCCGACACAAUGGCGCGUAACUCGAAAAUCAAGCCAGAACUAGAUGCUAUAAACGCAGAGCUCAUGGCGUCCACGGAUAUGAUAGAGGGCCAAAAAGUUGCUAUGAAAAGAAAAAAGUUGAUGGCUGAUAAUGGGGUAAAAAAUAGGUAUUUGGCGGCUCCUAUACUUCAGGUUCCCGUUGCUCUCGGGUUCUUCUCAGGUAUCAGACAGAUGGCCAAUUAUCCAGUAGAUGGAUUUACGGAUCAAGGUAUAGCUUGGUUUUCUGACUUGACUUUGGCAGAUCCAUAUCUUGGUCUUCAAAUCAUUACUGCUUCAGUCUUCAUUUCUUUCACCAGACUUGGUGGUGAAACGGGUGCUCAACAGUUCUCUCCUACUAUGAAAAACUUCUUUACCAUCAUGCCUCUUGUGUCUAUUCCUGCUACGAUGAACUUGGCCUCUGGUGUAGUCCUGUAUUUCGCGGUUAACGGAGCCUGCUCCGUUGUGCAGACAUUGCUUUUGAGAAAUAAAUGGUUUAGAAAGAAGCUCAACAUCGCGGACGUUGUUAAGCAUGCACCAAGCACAAAUGGCCCCGCAAAAGGCAUAAUCGAUACGUUCAGAGAAAAUAUGCAAAAAGCAAGAGAGCAAGCAGAAAGAAGACAGCUAAUGCAAGAGAACGAGAAAAAGAUGCAAGAGGCUGCAAAAGAGCAGAAAGCCAGCAAAACGAUCAAGAUUGUUCGCAGAUCCGAUUUCAACAAGCGUUCAAAAAAAUAG